CCCGCCCGGUGGCCGCCUCUGCAGGGCGCGGCUCUUUCCGGCUCCAAGCCCGGACGCCGCCGGCCAGCACCGAGCCCGAGCCGCUUCCACGCCGGGAUUCCCUGAUUCACUUCUUUUCUCCCCGGCCUUUCUCCCUUGUGACCUCCCAACAACCCUGCCAGACAUCCGACUUCGGCAAGGUCUCCAUGGGCCAGGCCAAGAGCUGGAGAAGAGCUGACGUGGCCCCCCAGAGCAGCCAAGGAGCCCCAAGCCAGAUGGAUGUGACCCUCCUGCCGCAGGAGCUGCUGGUGCUGAUCCUGAGCUGGGUGCCCAGCUGGACUCUGGUGACCGUCGGCCGCCUGGUGUGCCGGCAGUGGAAAGAUCUGAUUGACGGCCCUGUCCUCUGGAAGCUCCAGGGGGAGAGAGACCCCUCCAAGCGGGAGGCUUUCUGUGCCGCCCUGGAAGCUGCCCGUCACUGCCCCCGCAUGGAGUGGGCCCGGGUGGGCGUCUUGCAGCCCUUCGGCAGGAACCUGAUCAAGAACCCUCGUGGGAAAGAUCAAUUCCAGCACUGGCAGGUCAGUCACAGGGACGAUAUAUGCACGGACGGCAUAAGCAUCUGUCAGAAAUCACAGCUUGUGGAUUUGGUGAAGGAAGGUUUGUGGGAAGACCUCCUGGACAGUUUCCAGCCGGAUAUUUUUAUCUCUGACUGUCAGCCACUUCAUCCGGAUCUCAAUUGUUCUCCUGACCCUCGCAGUGGGCACCCCCAUGAGCCAUGGAGCUGCACCAACACCCUUGUCAUCGUCCUCCUUGCAGCCGACAAAAACUCAGUAAUCACCAGCAUUUUCAUCCCCGAGUGGAAUGUCCCAUUUCAACAGGCUUCCCACGUUUUCAGAAAAUAUGGCCCUGGAGUGCGCUUCCUACAGUUCAUGCACAUUGGCAAUUGCACUGGAGCGGAGCACACGGCUCACAUCACUGACUCCACUGUCUUGGUGAAACUCUCGAGGUAGAUGCCGAGUAGGACCCUUAGCUACUGGGGAAAUGUACAACCUACCACUCUAAAGAGGCUAAAGACUAUUUUUCACCUUCUGUCCAUGUGUUCUUCCUCAAAUGUAUUGAAACUGAAAAAAACAGCUUGAACAUCCUUCCAGAAGAGUAAGGGAGCAGACCCUUGAGAAACCUACAGUGCACCUUUUUGCACCGGCAGGAACUUUGGAAUUCUGACAGUGUUGUGGACACAACCACAAACUAGCUGCCACAACAGGAGGUAGCGCAGCCACAGAUUAGCUGCCACAGCUUACCUUCAGUGACACUGUGAAGAUCCUUGUCCUGUGGUUGCAGUUGCUGCCAAAGCAAUAUUUUUUAAAAAUAUGAACAGACAAAUCUCGACCAUUCAGAAGCGGUGCCCAAGAAGACUACAGGCCCCGGGAAAAGGUGUCUGCAGACAUCAUGUGGUUCCUAUUGGACCCCAGCUGUAGUGGGGAGAAGAUAAGAAGGGGUAAAAAUUAUAAGGAAUAGCUGGAGGACAUUCAGCCUUGCUUUGCCCAUGAACAGGAAAUAUGGUCCUGGAGAUGUUCUUGGGUAUCAUACAGGACUCUGAUUCUCAAGGGUGUUGCAACGUUGUCCAGCCUUUGUAUUGGACCCAAAUUUGAACACUUUUUGUGACAUUUGACUUUUAAACUCUAUUUGUUGUUGUUUUUUUUAAAUAAAAAUAUAAAUAACACUAAUACGUUCUGAGACACAGACUACAGAGCUAUUAUAAAACAUCAA